AUGCACGCUCAAAGCAAGGAAGACUUCCCCUUGUUCGGGUUCAUGAUGGUAAUGCCAUUUUCUUAUUUCAAGGAAAAGCUUCUAAAUGAGGUGUUUCUAAAAGACAGUAUCCCUCCCUGGUUGGCAGGAUCUGGUUAUGUGGGCCUUGCAACAAUUUCAACUGCAAUAGUGCCAAUGAUAUUCCCACAACUCAAGUGGUACCUUGUCCUCUUUGCCUAUGUUGUUGCUCUUCUACUUGCCUUCUGCAACUCAUACGGAAAUGGACUAACAGAUUGGAACCUUGCAUCCACAUAUGGAAAGAUUGGCCUUUUCAUUUUUGCCUCAUGGGUUGGCCAACAUGGUGGUGUGAUCGCCGGCUUAGCAGCUUGUGGUGUUAUGAUGUCCAUCGUAUCCACAGUUGGUGAUCUCAUGCAUGACUUCAAGACUGGGUACCUGACCCUCUCAUCACCAAGGUCCAUGUUUGUGUCACAGUUGAUUGGCACUGCCCUUGGUUGUGUCAUUGCUCCUCUAACCUUUUGGCUUUACUGGACAUCCUUCGAUAUUGGCAAUCCUGAUGGUAUGUUCAAAGCUCCAUAUGCCAUCAUCUUCCGUGAGAUGUCAAUCAUGGGUGUCGAAGGAUUCUCAGUGUUGCCGCGACAUUGCCUUGCAAUAUGCUCUUUCUUAUUCUUUGGAGCCAUAGCAAUCAAGCUCAUCCGGGAUGUCACCCCAAAUGGUCUAUCCAAAUUCAUCCCGCUCCUGAUGGCCAUGGCCGUUUCAUUUUACAUUGGGGCAUACUUCGCGAUUGACAUGUUUAUCGGGACUGUCAUCUUGUUUGUAUGGGAGAUGGUGAACCGUAAGGAGUCAGAGGAGUUUGCGGGUGCGGUUGCUUCUGGUUUGAUUUGCGGUGAUGGUAUCUGGAGUGUUCCGUCUGCAAUAUUGUCCAUCAUGAGGAUUGACCCACCGAUGUGCAUGUACUUCAAGCCAUCUUUUACCUAUGGCUGA